AUGUGGGGCUGGCUCCUCGAGCGGGGGCCGAAAUACGUCGCCCAGGGGAUAGUGAAUUACGCGGCGCGCUGCCCAGCCAUCCCAGCGUGCCCGUCGCACUCCUGCGGCGACUGCGUGGUGCCCCCGUUGCCCAGCCUGUCCGAGCUGCAGGCGCGGCAGUGUGCCGCCGCGGCGUGCAGGGACUGGCAGCGCUGGGAAGCAAGAGGGCCGACAGCGACGAUGAGCUGGAGUUACGUCCUGUACAACGUGGACGGCCCGGCUCUCUGGCAUCAUCGGAGAGUGCACGGCGUCGUGGCGCACUCGGCUAAUAAGCUGUACGUCGCGACGACGCCCGACGCCCACGUGUAUGCCGAGGACUGGUCCACGACCUCGCAGGACGUGCUGGCGGUGCGCGCGGGCGUGCAGUGGCUGCUGGCGGUGGAGGCAGGCGGGCAGGUCGUCGCGGCCGCGGACGGUGGUGUCGCGGCGGGCGGCGCGCUGCCUGCCGCCGCCGCCGGGGCCACAGUGCCCGCGGGCGCCCCAGCGGGCGGAGCCGUGGGCACCACGUGGAGGGCGGCCGAGUCGGGGGGCGGCUACAGGUUCGGCGACGUCGUGAACGGGCACGUGCGCUCCAACAGGGCCGCGGGGUCUCGGGACAUACACCUGCUGGCGGAUGGGGGCAGUCUCUUCGUGGAGGAGGUGACGCCUGCCACCCAGGACAGCUUCUUCGACACGGCCGUGAUGGGGGACGCCCGCGGGUUGGCCGUGCGGCGCAACCGCCAAGGACGGCGGGAGCGCACGUGGGCCGAGAUGGUGUCCGCCGUCGUGCAAGAGGAUUUCGCUGCCGACUGGGACCUCCCCGGGCCUCGCUCGACCCUGUGGUGCUUGGAGCUCGUGAAUCAGGAGGGCCUCGGGUUGGACGGACACCAUGAGAGGUUCAGAUACACGUGCAAGUUGGAGUUCUCUGGCUGGGGAGUGUCGGAGCACUACAGUGUCACCCAGGCGCUGAAGUUGGGGUUGCUUCAUGAUCAGGUGGACGGGAGCAACCUCAUGAUGGUGGAGUGCCUCUUCCGCCGUAUCCAGACCAUCGAGUUCGCGCACUCGGAGCGCGCGCGGGAGCAGGAGGCCAAGGGGCACGGCGGAAAGCUGAGCUUAGAGGAGCAGAUGGCGUUCGCAGGGACGUCGAGGGCUGGAGGCUCUCUAAUGAUCUGCCCGCUUCUUCUGGACUGCGCGCGGUCCGAGGUCGAGCGCGAGGCCUCUCUCGCGAAGAACUUGCGCAAGGCAAGGGAGGAACGAGAGUCCGCUCGGGCCAAGGACAAACUGGGCAAGAAAGACAACGGGUGA